AUGGAGGGAAACAAUCUCUGGGUUAGAGAGAAUUUGUGUUCGAGCAGCAUCAAACUCAACUGGUGGGUUAUCAAAUCUCUAACACUGGACCGGUAUUUGAUUAUUGAGGCUAAUGGUGGUCUUAAUCAGCAGCGAUCAUCGAUAUGCAGUGCAGUGGCCUUGGCUGGGCUUUUGGGAGCAACUCUAGUUAUUCCACGCCUCGAAUUUCAUAGUGUUUGGCAAGAUUCAAGUGAAUUUGCAGAUAUUUAUGAUGAAGAACAUUUCAUAUUUACCCUGAAAGAUUUUGUAACAGUAGUCCGGGAGCUACCUGAAGAAAUAAUGAAAACAUAUGAUUUUAACAUCAGCAGUAUACCAAAUAUUCGUGUCCAAGCUUGGGCUCCUGCCAGUUACUACUUAGGAGAAGUUUACCCAGUCUUGCUCAACCAGAGGGUUGUCCGCAUAUCUCCAUUUGCAAACAGGCUGUCAAUGAAUGUUCCACCUCAUAUUCAGUUUUUAAGAUGUUUGACCAAUUAUAAAGCUCUCAGAUUCUCUUCUGCCAUAUCGAAUCUUGCACAAAAAUUAGUCAAUAGAGUGACAGAGAAAAGCUCUUCCUAUGGUGGGAAGUAUGUUUCAAUUCAUCUCCGCUUUGAGGAGGACAUGGUGGCCUUCUCUUGUUGUUUAUAUGAUGGUGGAAGGUCUGAAAAAUUUGAUAUGGAUGCAAUACGAGAGAAGGGGUGGGGUAAGAAAUUCAAGAGCAGCGGUCAUGUGAUUUCACCUGGUCUUAAUCGCAUUAAUGGAAGGUGUCCUAUGACUCCUUUGGAGGUUGGGAUGAUGCUUAGAGGUAUGGGAUUUGCCAAUGACACGCCUAUUUAUUUGGCUUCAGGAAAAAUUCACCAGGCAGAUAGAAAUUUAAUGCCUCUUCUCAAGAUGUUCCCCCUAUUACAGACGAAGAACUUGCUUGCAACAGAAGACGAGCUUGCUGAGUUUCAGGGAUACUCUUCAAGGUUAGCUGCAUUGGACUAUGCUGUAUGCUUGUUUAGUGAAGUAUUUGUCAGCACUCAAGGUGGAAACUUCCCGCAUUUUCUGAUGGGUCAUAGGAGGUUCCUCUAUAAUGGCCAUGCUAAAACCAUCAAACCCAAUAAGCCCAAGCUUGCGCUUUUACUGCACAACACAAGCAUAAGAUGGGAUGCUUUUAAGAAUGAGAUGCAAUCAAUGCUUGCUGAAAUUGAUAAAAAAGGUACCGCUGUGCCCAUUGUCAAAAAAUCCAGGAGAAAGGCUUCCAUCUACUCAAACCCUUUGCCAGAAUGUAGGUGUCUAUUGGAAUCGAAGAACAUAUCCAGUGCAUUUAUGCUGAAGGCUGCUGAAUGAUAUGAAAUUGUUCACUUAUAAAGCACUUUUGCAGAGUAGCUUCUCGCAUACAGCAGACAAAGAUUAUCUGCUUUUACCUAUGAACAAAGAAAACUUUGCGGGCAUUGACUAUAAAGGUUGCUCAUGUGUACUAAAUCCCUUGAAUGCGAGCUUAGGGCUGGAUAAACUCCCUAUGGUGAUCAAUUGAUUUUUCUUUUUUGCAAGGAAAGGUGGUGUAGACGUUUGACCAAAUUGUUUCUGUUGUUGGGGAAGAAAAUUUUUGUAUUUUCUGGCAACUUCUGAGUAGAGGAUGUUGCAAGGAUUUUGUUAUCAGGUGAUUGUAAGGGUAUGCUGCAGAGCUGAUUUAGGCCAAUUGAGUGUUCUAUGACAAUGUUACACUUUGAGAGACAUAUUAUUGUUAUGUUCAAAAGCAACUGUCAUGUUACCUCUUGAAA